AUGGCUCGUUUGAGCUCCCUCCUUGUGAGCGGCCUGGCGCUGUUCGCAGGCAUCGUCAGCGCCGAAUCUGCCGUUCUCGAUCUGAUCCCGCAGAACUUUGACAAGGUUGUCCUGCAGUCUGGGAAGCCUGCUCUCGUGGAGUUCUUCGCCCCCUGGUGCGGCCACUGCAAGAACCUGGCCCCCGUGUACGAGCAGCUAGGCCAGGUAUUCGCCUUCGCCGAGGAUAAAGUCAGCAUUGCAAAGGUCGACGCCGACAACCACAGAGACCUCGGCAAGCGGUUCGGCGUCCAGGGGUUCCCGACGCUGAAAUGGUUCGACGGCAAGAGCGAAACCCCCGAGGAGUACAGUGGCGGGCGGGAUCUGGAGAGCUUGUCUGCCUUUAUCACGGAGAAGACUGGUAUCCGCCCCCGUGGGCCCAAGAAGGAGCCCAGCAGCGUUGAGAUGCUCGAUGAAGCCUCCUUCAAGACGACGGUGGGAGGCGACAAGCACGUUCUGGUUGCCUUCACUGCUCCUUGGUGUGGACACUGCAAGAAUCUGGCCCCGACCUAUGAGAAGCUCGCCAACGACUUCGCCCUCGAGUCCGACGUUGUCAUCGCCAAGGUCGAUGCGGAAGCUGAGAACUCCAAGGCGCUGGCUCGGGAGCAGGGUGUGACUGGAUACCCGACCAUCAAGUUCUUCCCCAAGGGAUCGUCCGAGGCCGAGGUUUACCAGGGUGGCCGCUCCGAGGAGCUCUUCGUCGAUUACAUUAACCUCAAGGCCGGCACCAACCGUGCGGUCGGAGGUGGCUUGAACAGCAAGGCGGCUACCAUCCCCACCGUCGAUGCCGCUGUCGCCGAGCUCCUUUCCGGUCAGGAUCUUGCUAAGCUCGUUGAUGGUGUCAAGGCUGCCGUCGAGGGGCUGGAGGACAAGUACUCCCACUACUACGUCAAGGUGGCCGAAAAGCUCAGCCAGAACGAGGAGUACGUCAGCAAGGAGCUCGCUCGUCUCGAGCGUAUCCUGGCCAAGGGCGGCUCUGCUCCGGAGAAGGUCGACGACAUGAUCUCCCGAAGCAACAUUCUCCGCCAGUUUGCGGCUGGGAGCCAGGCGGCCGGCGAGGAAUCCAAGGAUGAACUGUAA